AUGCCUCGAAAUGUACACAAUCCGCUGCCAGCGUCGCUGCACAGCGAAUGUUUGAAGACCAAACAGAUCUUAGAGUCUUUCAUCGAUGGUUCAUUCACAGGUAGUCCCGGCAAGGAAAUGCCAGCGCGUUUCCUCGGCGAAGCCAAGGUACGUAACUACCAGCCCGAAGGGAUGGACCUUAUCUCGAUCACUAACACAGGAACCAACACUUACCCGAUGCAGGGCCUCGCCAUUAUCACCGUCACGCGAGCUGGCUUCCUAGGCUCGAUCCGAAUCGGCUCGGGGGUUCUGAUCGCCCGACUCGACGGCGGCCGGUGGUCUGCGCCGUCAGCCGUCGCGACCGCCGGGCUCGGAUUCGGUGGCCAGUUCGGCAUCGAACUGACGGACUUUGUCUUCAUUCUGAACGAACGCGCCCUGCGCACGUUCUCCCGCACGGGAAGCCUAACGCUAAGCGGGAACAUCUCCAUCGCGUUCGGGCCCUUUGGGCGCAGCGCUGAACUGUCCGGCGGAGCGAGCUCGAACGGCCUAGCGUCCAUGUUCAGUUACUCGAAGACGGUGGGCAUGUAUGGCGGUGUCACGGUGGAGGGGGGAAUGUUGGUGGAGCGGAAAUCGGCGAACAAGAAGUUCUACAAGAGUAAGGUUACUGCGGAGCAGUUACUUCGGGGAGAGGUUGUUCUGCCGGCCGCGACGCAGUCCUUGAUGCGUGUUCUGAGCCAUAAGAUGUUUGAUCCGCCGGCGGAGGUGGAAUCGCGUGAGGUUCCGGUCUCGCGUGAAAUCGCGCAGCCAGAUGGCAUGGUGGAGUUAUCGGCAAGAGCUGAGGCGCAGCCACCGUCUGAGCUGCCUAUUGAGUCGAGUCGAGCUGUUCCGUCACCGAGUACAUCCCCGGGUCAUGAAAGUGCGCGAGAUUUUGGAAUUAUGCCGGAGCUUGAUGGAACUCCAUGUACACCACAGCCGGCCGAGCUGCCUUCAGAGCCGAAUGCGCAGCCCCAACCAAACGCGCAGUCCCCGACGGCCGAGCUACCUUCAGUACCGAGCGCUCAGUCCCCGAGGGCAGAGAUCCCUGUCCAGGUAUCGGAGCCGCCUUCGAGGAAACCUCUACGGCAGGAUUCGGGACAAUCAUCGGGGACAGCAGAUGAGGAGCCUACUACGGAGAAACCCGCCGCAAGCAGGACUUUACCUCCACAACCUCGUUCGGAGGGAUUCGUUAUCAGCGGAUGA